AUGUCUGUUCUCUCUCUCCUCCCGCUGGCCACUGCCACUCUCUUCACAGCAGGUGUUUCUGCCAGCGCACUUCACGCUAGAAACUCCUCUACCCAAAGUGCACCUGUGGCCUACACUUGCGGACCUAAGACCGCCAACGUCACCUGCAUCAACCGAUACCAGAGUGUUCUCCCUCCGUCUUUCUCGCGCGACGCUGAUCCAACUGUCGGAUACUCCGGCACAUUAGUCCCUGAUGACCCGUCAUGGGCAUCUCUUGUCCCCAACGCGGAUUUUGUCAUCUUCGACAAGAAGCGCGGGCUCGAGCUGCUGGGCGCAUCCCCGAAAAUCGCCCACAACUACAUUCCAGUGUUGAACGUCAUCCACGAAGCCCCGAUCUAUGUGCCGGAGCUCAACAAGCUGUUCACCACCCAGGAUGGGCCACCGGGAAACCUGACCAACAUCAUGAUCGAUUUGAACGUCGAUCCCCCCAAGGUUGAGGCCUUCGUGACGGAUCCGCCCAUUUACCAACCAACAGGAGGCAUCCUGCAUGAUGGAAUGAUCUACUGGGCCGUCCAGGGUAACAAUGUGACUCUCCCCAAUGGACUGAAGCAACGCCCUGGCGUUGCAAGGGUUGAUCCCAAGACCCUCAAGGCCGAAUGGCUGCUGAACAACUACUACGGGUUCUUCUACGGAGGCUUGAAUGACCUGACGGUCGACGAUGUCGGCGACGUCUGGUUUACUGACAGCGACUACGCCUAUGGCCUGGGCCUCUCCAACAUGUCCAACCAAAACCAGCUAGCCACAUACCGCUUCCGCCCAUCCACCGGCGAAGUCCAAAUUGCCGACGCCAGCCUCCAACAUCCCAACGGCAUUACCUUCUCCCGUGACGGUAAAACCCUCUACGUGACAGACUCGGGCCUGGAAACGGUCGGCCCGGACGCCAGCACCCAGGGCUUCUACAACUACCCGAUCCGUAUCUACUUCACGUCGACGAACGCGCGCAAUGUCUACGCGUGGGACGUAGAGCGCACUGAGACGGGAGCGCCAAUCCUCAAGAAUAAGCGAAACAUUUUCCAGUCGCUGGAGGGGAGUCCCGAUGGGAUCAAGGUGGCUGCCAACGGGUUUCUCGUUGUUGGAUCGGGAUUGUCGAAUGGGGUUGAUAUCUUAGAUCAGUAUGGAUCGGUUAUUGCGAGGAUUCAGACGAAUCAUCCGGUUGAGAAUAUUGCGUGGGCAGGCGAGGAUUUGAAGACGUUGUUUUUGGUGGGGAUUGGAGGAAUCACCAAGGUAGAUUUCGAUCUGCAGGGCCCGGAUCCGAAAAAUUAUUUCAUUAAAUAG